CACUCAAGUGAAAAUGUAAAUCCUCUGUUAUCUGAGGACUGCCUCAACUAAGUGCGCACGGGGAUACUGCUUUUCCCCAGCCAACUGCACAACCUAAAUAUCUUAUUUAAUCUGCUGCCCUUCUUCUACAGUGGUGAGACUGUAUUCCAGUCUCCGGUUUUGUAGCGAGGAGUGAUCUCACCAUAUGCGCUGAUAGGAUGCAAUGUGCCAAUAUAGCGUCCACAUGAAAGCCGCAGCUCCACACUUCUCCAGACCGAGCAAGCCUGAGAAUAGAUGACUUUGUUUGGGAACGGGGACGUUGUUUUCCUGCGACACAUACAUCUGUAACUUGCAGAAUUUUCGAGCGUCAUUGUGGUCUUUUGUAGAGAAACAUUUUGGUGCAGGGGAGCCAGAGGAUACUACUACCACUGCUUGCAUUUGCACAAAGAAGCGUUCCGCGCGUCCGGUUGGAUUUAAGCUGCAGUCCACUUGUCACCAACUGCAUUGCCACAACUGUGAGAGAAAAUGUAUCUAUCAUGAAACUAUGCGCCGGCAGCUUUUCUCAUGAACUCUUCCGUGGAUCUACAGACUUAAAUCCACAAGUGGAGCGUUUUCUGCCUUUCAGCUACUGAUAAUAUCACUUCACAACUACAAUGGGACAACGUGGUGGGCUAACUAGAGGAAAUGUUGCCUAUAGAAGUGCAGUGAGAGAGCAGGAGAGUGACUUCCAGGGGACACCUGCAGACGAGUGAAUGCCGUCUCCGAUGUGGAGCUUGUCGCUGUCCGACGCGCGAGUGGUGCUGAAAUUUGGAUGAUGCCUGGCCAGCGACUGCAAGACUGCCGCUCCCUGCACUUCAACGAGGACAACGGCCGCUUCGUGCUGCUCGCCAUCCUCAUCAUACUGUACCUGCUGUGCGGCGCUGCGGUCUUCUCGGCCAUAGAGAGGCCCUCGGAACUGCGGGCUCACGGCCGCUGGAACGGGACGCUCCUCAACUUCAGUGAGACCUUCAACAUCAGCCUGCAGGACCUCAACUCCUUCCUGCGGGAGUACGAGGCUGCCAUCGCCGCCGGGAUCCGGGCAGAUGCUCUGAGGCCACGAUGGGAUUUUACAGGGGCUUUUUAUUUUGUUGGAACUGUGGUGUCGACUAUAGGUUUUGGGAUGACAACACCUGUGACAGUUGCAGGCAAGGUGUUCCUGAUCUUUUAUGGGCUUCUGGGCUGUGCUGCCACCAUCCUCUUCUUUAACCUCUUCCUGGAGCGCAUCAUCACACUGCUGGCCGUGGUCAUGAAGGCUGUGAGGGAGCGGCGAAUCAGGAACAGUGGUCUACUCCCGCCAGGCAUCCGCCAUGACUUCUCAGCCUACUCUCUGCCAGGCUGGAAGCCCUCCGUAUACCAUGUGAUGCUGAUUCUCGGCCUGUCAGCCAUCACUAUCUCCUGCUGUGCAUCAGCCAUGUACACCCCCGUGGAAGGCUGGGCUUACUUAGACUCACUCUACUUCUGUUUUGUCACCUUCAGCACCAUCGGCUUUGGGGACUUUGUCAGCAGCCAGACCGCGGAUUACAAAUACCAAAGCCUCUACAGGGUGGCCAACUUUCUCUUCAUGCUAAUGGGUGUGUGCUGCAUCUACUCGCUUUUCAAUGUCAUCUCUAUUGUCAUCAAGCAGGUGCUCAACUGGAUGCUGGAGAAAAUGAGCUGCUUGUUUUGCCAGCGCUGCAAUAAGGCCAGCGCCCUCCUGGGCAGACGCAAUGCCAUCCGCCCGGGCUCUAAGGGUCGCCAGGGUCGGUUUGGCCAGCCACCUGACUCAGACGGACAUUGUGAUAGUGACAAUGAGGGACGCAGACUCUCAGGGGAGAUGAUCUCUAUGAAAGACUUGGCAGCCUCUAACAAGGUGUCGCUGGCCCUCAUGCAGAAGCAGCUGUCUGAGUCGGCCAACGGAUAUCCCAGGACAGUCUGUGGCAGCUCACGCCAUAAUGGUUUCUCUGGGGGUGUUGGCGCCCUCGGUAUCAUGAACAACAGGCUGGCAGAGACGAGUAACUCCAGGUAGACAUAGUGAGACAGGAAGGGAGCUCUUUAUUCUCAUUCUGUGUAACAAACCCUAAGGUUGAUCGCCAUAGAAAAAAUACAAGGCUUUUGAAAUGGAUUGCCAGUGUAACUUGUUAUGCAUGAUACAUAUGAUUUUUUUGGAUACUUUUGGUUGGAAUUACAAGCCUGUGGUGAUAAUACAGGUAAUGAUGGUCAUGAUUUUAGUGAUGAUUUUAAUGAUGAUGGCAUGAAGAGAGAACCAUAGAGUCAACAAAAAAAACAUACAUUGAUCUGGACGCGUGGGUACCACCCAUCACCCAUUUCAUUAACCUCAAACCUAACACAGAACAAGCACUGAAAGUCUCUUAAAUAUCAGUGUUAGUCUGCGGCGGAAUUAGUGUGUUAUACACGCUCAAUAUAUCAGACUUAUAUGACUGAAAUGUUGUGCUGUAAAGGAGCCAAGGGAAGCCUACAGUGCAAACUUCAUCGUUUUGGGGUUUUGCCAGGGUUUAUUUGAAUGUACAUACUGAAUGCUGAUAUAAACAAGAUAAGUGUAAUCACUGAAUGAUAUAGCACAUACUGAUCUAUGCAUUAUACUUCUCAUGCAUUUUUUGCACCAUUUCUAGACCCUCCAUUGAUUGUGGAAACCCUGUUUUUCUUGACACAAGUCAAGUUUUACCCUCAGGUGAUUGAUUUAAUUUCUGGGGGUAAGUGUGGGAAGUAGAGUUUAGCUAAGCAUGGCUGUGAUGCAGCUGAUUUCGACAUGGCUGUAGUGAGGGGCGGUUUUACAGUGUGCCACACUAAUGGACCACAAAGAGUAAUUUCCUAUAGCUCAAAAUGGAGAGCAGAGUUGAAAAUCCAUUUCUCGUGAGAGAGAAACUGGCCUUUUUAUCAGCUCAAAAAAUGCUUCGGCGGCCAAAGACACCUUCCGACUCUUUCUCUCUCUCUUCUUUUUCAAGUUUACAGCUGUCUGCAAGGAAAACAAAUGAUAAAGGCUUGCAUUGUAUUAAUUACUCUUUUAAUGCAGAAUGUAGACUUGUGUAUUUGUAAAACACAAUAAAUGAGAAGUAAGUUUAUGUUUGUUUGAAGUGAAAUAUAUGGGAGUGGAGGCAGAUUGAAACCCUAAAGGAUUCUCUCACUUGCAUUCGAUCUUUUGUGGGGAUUUUCUGUUUUUAUUGAGGGAGACUUCUUUACUGAUACAUGGCUCUCUCUGUAAAACAAAGCAUGAUCCAAAGGCCUGCAGAGGUUGAUUUCAGUGUAAAUGUGUAGCCACGGUUUAAUGGAUGGAGGGUGUUUGCGGAAGAUACGGUACUGCCCUGUCAAGCUGCACAAUCAAUGUCUUUGUUGCCGGCAACUAUCUCUUUAAGGCAUCGGUGAUUUAAAGCCGUGUGAUGGUGUUUGAUGUCUUGUAAACAGCGAGACAGAGGAGGAGACGUUGUUAGUUAAACUGUCCAGGAGACGGUGAUGAAGGCAGAGAACUAGAGAGCGCAGUAGAGGCAGAGGAGAUGUUGUAAAUCAACUCCCUUCAUAUCCAUAUUCAUGCCCAGUCCAAAUCAAUGGCCUCUCUCAGCCAAGGGCUCAACUUUUACUGGCGUCCAUCUUCAACAUCUAAUAUCCUCCUAGGCCGCUCACUUCUUUUUCUCUUGUCAUCUCUGCAUUCACUUCACACACACUGCACCAAAACCCUCCUGCUUCGUUUUUCUCGCAGAUCUCGGCUCUCUCCUCACGCUCAUCACCCAUACACUGUGAAUAUGAUGUGACAUGCCACAAAUGUAUAUAUAUAUAGAAUUGGAAUGUCUUAAAAGCGCUUUUACAAUAAGGAAUUGGAUCUGGAUCUAUCCUUAGUUGAUUUUCAUCCUGCAUAGAUCUGAAUAAUUUCCUUUACUCCCCAGUCUCACCAAGAGGAAUAGAGAAAAUGACUCAGGUAGUUAAAUCUUCAGGCUUGUCUUAGUUUUUCCUGCAUGCCAUUAUGGUAAAGCCAUACAAGAUAGCUGUAUAUAAAACAGAAGACUCUUUCAAGUCUAUUUAGUCUAUUUUUCUACAUAAAGCUUUCAGAUAUCUACAUGUGAAUGAUUGAAUAAGUCUCACUGUCACAUGUUUCUUACACAGUCAGUCAGCAUUGACGCGAUGCAGCAUUCAGAACUUAACUACACUCCAAAAACAUGGAUAUUAGCGUUACAAAGUGAACACAGGUUUUUCAGGUGUUAAAAAGUAGUUUGACAUUUUGGGAAAUGUGCAUAUUCGCUUUCCUGCAGAGAGUUAGAUGAGAAGAUUGAUACCACUCUCAUGUCUGUAAGGUAAAUAUGUAGCUGGAGCAGGUUAGCUUAGCUUAGCAUAAAGACUGGAGAUAGCUAGUCGUAAAACCACAAUGAGUAAUUGUUUUCUCUUUGGUGUUUGUAUGGAUUUAACAAAUGAGAUAUAACAUGUUAAUUAGUGAGCUUUAGAUGUGCUGAUAGGUGGAUCUUGUUACUUUUGGACAGAGCCAGCCAGCCUAGCUGUUUCCCCCUGUUUCCAUUCUUGAUGCUAGGUAAAACUAGCUUCGCUAAGCUUUCUCCACUAGCUACCCCGGGUAAAACAGGUAAUUGUCAAGAUGUAACAUGCUAAUUAGAGAGCUUUAGAGCCAGUCUAGCUGUUUUCCCCUUUUUUCCAGUCAUUAGAGCGGUAUCAAUCAACUUAUCUAACUCUCAGCAAGAAAGCGAAAACAUGUAUUUCCCAAUAUAUUCCAUUAACAAAUCCAAACAGAGUGGCUCUUGAGCAGCAAAGUGAGAUUACUGUAUGUUGGUGAUGUGAUGUGAAGCUUGCAAUUUCAGAGGUGGUUCGUGUGUUCAGUGACACAGUGACAUUGCAAACACAGAAAAGCGUCAAGCCCUGGGACAUUUGAGCAGGAGCACGGGCUUGCUGUAGCAAAUGACAUACUGUAGUUUGAAUUCAAUGGUGUUCCCCUGCUGUAAUAUGUCAGGGGGCGAAGUUUUGCUGCCACUUGUCUAGAAUAAUGAUUCCCGAAUGAUGUUGUAUGUGAACCUUUAUUUUCCCUCUGAGGCUUAAGGUUACAAUGGCAGAGGUUUCAGGAUUGCUUACUGAUUUUUAAAAGCCCCUGUAGCUGUUGUAGUCUAGCUAGCUGCAUUGUAUCCUUAACCAUACCUUUGACAAGGAGCAUGUGUGUAUGUCUGCAUUUGUGUGUCCAAACUACUGUUUAAAGGACUGAAAAUGAGAAUUAAAGGACUGUGAUAUGUUAUCUCAAAUGCUUCCCUAAACAUAAGUCCCCCAGAAGUUAUUUGACUUAAUAUAAUAUCCAUUAAAAUGUAUUUUCCUUAAGCCUGGAACAGAUCAAGCUUUUAAGACAUUGAAUAUAGUAUUUAGAAGUAAUGUUUGCUCACCUAAAAUGCAUGCGUGGCUUGAAAUCAAUUGCCUUACUUUAGUCCUUGCAUAUUACAAAAAGGUUCCUUAUUGAAAAGAUUGUAGUGUGUAGAGCUUGUGUGUUGUAGGAUGCAAUCCUUUUGCAUUCUGCAAAAUUGAUCUCCAUUGAUUGCAAUGGUUUUAACUACGCCGCCGUCCUUUGUAUCUUCUGUAAGAGGAGACAGGUGGUUUUAGGAUUUACUGUAUAUUUGUUAUCAGCAGAAAUUACUCUUAAAUGUAAUAUCUCUGACUUUUCUUUUUAGUGUAAUUUAUUCCUCUCAUGUGCUCAUUAAACACAAAAUUAGAUUGAAAAGAUGCAACAUUUUCAAGCCCACAGUAUUAAUAUGGGUGAACAUAGCAGACUUGGAUCACAGCGUUGCAUGAUUCGCAGUAAAGUUGUCAGCGUUAAUUUAAUCUUAAAUUGUUUAACACUGUCAGCAUUUAUUCCAGUCAACACAUAUUGUAUUCACACUGGAAAAUCUGCUCUGUAGUCAACGGCACUCAACAGUAAAAUAGCACCAUUAAAAUGUCAUGCUCCAUAGCCAUUACAAGCCUCAUAAUAAAACUAUUUGUUUGAAAUAAGCAGAGACUGGAGAUGUUGUCAGGGUUAAUCUUGAAGGCUGUUGAUGGUGCUAAUGGCAUUAUCAUUUAUUCAGCAAAGCUAUUAUGAUCACAGUAUGAUAAAUAACACUGUGCUCUCUCCAGUUUCCUCUGAGGAAGAGUGCAUGAACUCUUUUGUAUUUUGAGACUGUUAAAGCCGCUCGUUUCAGGUAUAAAUUGUAUUUACAUUAAUUUGGCUGGAGCACAUUGGAAAUGGCUGUUACCAGCGGGCAGGUAAACAGCUGAGUGGCUCGGUAACAGAAUGAUGUAUUGCUGCUCUGCUUGGCUGCUUCUGAUCUUUAACAAGAGUCACAUUGUUGGCUUUGAUCUGGAGCUUGAUUUCCAAAUCCACACGAGAUGUGUGCCAGUUGUUUGUUUGUUUUAUGACGACGGAUGAUAUGGAGCCACAAACCACAUUCAGAUCUCAAUUUAAAAGGCUACUUAAGGUGUCUGUGAUCCACAGUUAUGUUGACCUCUGGCUCCAUCAACAUCAACAUAAUUCCUACACCUUGGUGUGUGUCUCAUGUUGCUUGCAUUGUGGUGUAACAUCCAGUUAAUGUAUGCAAAUUAAUUCUGUUUGCAAGUUGCACAUUUAUACCAAUGAUUGUACUUUUAUAUUUAUGUAAUUAAAAGUAAAACCUAUAUGAAACAAGGAGGGUUCCAUUAAACACUGAUAUUUACUGA